AUGACCGAGGCCAAGCGCGCGCGGGCGGCGACGCCGCCAUGGCAGCUGUCGCCGAUCGUCCAUGAGGUCAUCACGUCCAUGGAUGCGCCCAUGGACACGCUCCUCGACAACCCGCGCUACUGGGACGGACUCUGGCCGAUCGCCGGUGUGGAAGCCUUGCACCGCAUGGACGCUGCGACGGUGACGAAGGCGCUCCGCAUGGUCAAGGUAGUCGAUGGCGAUGAGGAGCGUGGCGUCGACUUGGCCCGAUUCACAUGA